AUGCAGUUCAAUGCUUCUCGCGCAGGUCUCCUCACGGCCAUUCAAACAGACCUCCUGGAGGCGCAAAGGCCUAGGCCUGUCCGUGCUGAGUUGUACAAGUUGAAUGUCUAUGGCCCAAAGUCGUUCUUCAAGUCCCAUGUGGACACCCCUCGCAGCGAAGCCAUGUUCACGCGGACGUGA